CGUGACCUACUAGAUACUAGUUAAAGUCAUAAACCCCUAAAAUUGUUAUUUAAAAACUGUGAUUUUAACCUUAACCACAAUGCUAACCUCAAAUUAAGACCAAAAACACAUUUUUGUUUUCAUUAAUUUUAACGAUAUAUUCAUUACGCAAAUUCAGUUGCAAAACAUGUAUUUAUCGGAAGCCAACGAAACGGGAGGGACCUAACUUAAUUUGUCCAAUAGAAACUCUUGUUUUGCAACUGUUUGGCUAUUGAUUACACCCCUGGUGUGCACACAGUCAUUGGGUGUGCAUGAGAUAGAAGAAUGCAAAUAUAAAGUUAUUGGCCGAGCCAUAUUUAUUUUCUGCAUGAGUUAGCUAUGAAUCGCAUUGACAUGCCAUUCGCUGUCCCGUUGGCUUGACAUUUAGCUAGCUAGCUAGCUUUCUGGUUUAAUUACACUGAAAAGGAUUCACUGAAACGCAGGUUGUGAUCUCCAGUAUUGGUGACCAUCAUGGCAGGAGGCAUCACAGAGACAGGGGAGCUCUACUCCCCAUAUGUGGGCUUGGUGUACAUGUUUAAUCUGAUCGUGGGCACGGGGGCACUGACGAUGCCCAAGGCCUUUGCCCAAGCAGGUUGGGCGGUCAGCCUGGUGCUCAUCUCCUUCCUGGCGUUUAUGAGUUACAUGACCACUACGUUUGUGAUCGAGGCCAUGGCAGCGGCCAACGCUCAGCUGCGCUGGAAGAGGAGGGAGCAGGAAGAGGUCCAAGACAGCGACUCCACCUCUGAUUAUUCGGAUGAUGAUGUUCUCGUCCGGGGACGAUCAGAGCCAGAGACGAGGCCCAUUUUGUCAGUCCAGCGAACAGGAGGACACGUUGAUCACUUCGACAUUGUGGAGAGGGUUGAGAUGGGUCAAAUGGCCUCCAUGUUCUUCAACAAAGUUGGUGUCAACAUGUUCUACAUCUGCAUGGUAGUCUACCUGUAUGGAGACCUGGCUAUCUAUGCUGCUGCUGUACCCAUAUCACUAAUGGAAGUAGCCUGUGGUAACCAUUCAUGCAGUGCUGGCAGUGUGAAAUACAACGACACUGACUUGUGCUGGGGCCCUGUCACCAGGAAAGACGCCUACAAGGUGUUUCUGAGCAUCUUCACUGUGAUGUUGGGCCCUUUCGUCUUCUUCGAUGCACAGAAGACCAAAUACCUCCAGAUCCUCACCUCACUCAUGCGUUGGAUCGGCCUCUCUACAGCACCAGCUAAUGAUUCAAAAUGGCCGCAGUGGCAGCUCUUUGUUUCCUGACUGCACCGGUGCCACUUGCCAUGCACGGAGGAUAGAUGGCCUGCCUUCAAAGCAUAGGGCACUGAAAGCUGAGGGGUUUAAGCAGCCAUCAAACACAGGGUUGGAGACCGUUUUAAAUCCUAUAAGAAAAACAUUAUGGGCCGAAGUUUAGGAGGAACAGACGUCUGAAGAAAAAUGUAUGGGCUAGACAGCACGCUUCAGUCCUAAAUCUCUUGUGUCAACAAUGUUAUUUUUUUAGUUUGGUUAACUUUCUAAUGUUUAGCUCAUGUCUCAGAGGAAAUGUAAAUUGGGCACCAGAAUUUACACAGGAGACCUAAUUGAUCAAUUUAAGUACUGCUUUUAUUUCUUUAAUGAAAGGCAAGUGGCUGUCUUAAAGACGUAUUCAACUGAUGUUGCCCUCUCAAAUUCGUGUUGAAGAGUUUUCUGGCCAUUUGUGUGGUGCUGUGAUCAGGCCAGGGACAGCAUAGCCCAUCUGGCCUCUCCACCCUUUCUCUACAGUUUCUCUAGUCUCAUUUUGACACAGACACAGCAUCUGGCUGUACUAGAUUUGCUGCUAAACACUUAGGGCUUGUUUGUGAGGCUAUACCAGCCUCCCAACCCUGAAAGAGAGAGUUCACUGACAAAGGUCUCGAGUAAUUGGAUGUGCAAUAAAAAAUUAAACCGGCAAAUUGACUAAUUGAACUCAAUUCGGUACCGCAUAAAUAGACUGAGCAAAAAUAAACGCAACAUGCAACAAUUUCAAAG